UACCAAAGCCGCGUCGUACGAGUCUCUCGCGUUCAGUCGGCGUUUAGCUGCCAAGGCUUCGCUCAACGGCGAUUCGUAAUUCGUUUCUCUCGCGUCGCGUCGUGCGAUCGUACAUAAACAAAAAUCGCGGACGCGUCGCGGCGCGGCGUGGCGUUCUGUCCGUUCGUCGCGGUUUUCAGUUCGAUCGCCGUCCUCUUUGUGAAAUAUUCGGAUACGCGUUUCGGAGCAGUGACUUGAUGGUGCGGCGCGAUUGUAUCACUCACGCGGCUCGCACUGCACGGGACACUGAGUUGUGCAUUGAGUACAGGAAAUCGGCGCUGCUAUGGAGCCGCGGGAUUGCUAAUUGAUCGGAUCUCUCACCAGUUUCGGCGCCGAAGCGGGAACCGCACGCGGCCAAGAUGGAGCGGUGGACCGUGUACGCGAUGACGCUGCAGAUCCUCGCCGCCAUCGUUCGUGCUACCGAGGAUUUUCGCCACAUCUCGUACGAAGAUUUAGCGGAGACCAGCAUGUUUCGACAAGAGGGGGUCACGACUUAUUCUCAGCUGCUUUUCGACGUGGCGCGACAGCAAGUCGUCGUCGGAGCUCGGGAUAAUUUGUACCGCUUGACGCUGACGUCGCUGACGGACCUGGAGCACGCCUCCUGGUCCGCGCCGGAGGACAAGGUCAACACCUGUCAGAAUAAGGGCCAGAGCGUCGAGGAUUGUCAUAAUUACGUCAAGGUGCUCCUCAGCAACGGCAAGAGCCUCUUCACCUGCGGCACUUACGCAUUCAGCCCGUGGUGCGCGUGGCGAGAGAUCGAGAAUAUAACGAGCGUGACCAGCGAGAUGUCGGGCGUGGCCAUGUGCCCGUACUCGCCGCAUGCGAACGUCACGGCACUUCUCUCGAGAGGUCAAUCCGGCGGGCUCUUCGCCGGCGCACCGACGGACUUCUCUGGAGCCGAUCCUGCGAUCUACAGAACGCUGGCAACUCCAAAUCUCAGGACACGACAAUACGAUUCCAAGUGGCUGAACGACCCGCAGUUCGUCGGCAGCUUCGAGACGGAGGAUCACGUGUACUUUCUAUUUCGCGAAUCCGCCGUGGAAUACAUCAACUGCGGCAAGAAAAUAUAUUCGAGGAUAGCGAGGGUCUGUAAGAACGAUCGAGGUGGACAAAUUAUGCUGAAAGACGUGUGGACCACUUUCAGCAAGGCUCGCUUGAAUUGUUCCCUCCCCGGCGAAUUUCCAUUCUACUAUGACGAGAUCCAAGGCGCGGCCUAUCAUCCGGAAGAAGGAAUCAUUUACGCGACCUUCACGACUCCCAUUAACAGCAUCGCAGGCUCGGCUAUCUGUGCGUUCAACAUGUCGGCCGUGGCCGCCAGUUUUAACGGGCCUUUCAAGCAUCAGGAAAACGCUGGUGCCGCAUGGGAAAGAAGUCCGGUCGCCCAUCACAAUCGCCAACGCUGCGGACCUCCGUCCAGCACCGCGCCGCAUCAGAUCAUGGACAAUCAGCGGUACCAGCUGAUGGACGAGGCGGUGCAGAGCUCGAUGCUGGGGCCGCUGCACACUGUGACCCUUGAGCGAUUCACUCACAUCGCGGUGGACGUUACCCCGACCAAGCUGCACCGCAGCGUGACCGUCCUCUAUGUCGCCACGGCAACCGGUCUGAUCAAGAAGAUCUCGGUUCUGCCUAGGACACAGGAGACGUGCAUCGUCGAAGUUUGGGGACCCUUACCUUCACCGCCGAUGACACUGCAAUUUCUCAAGGACACGCAGAGUCUCUACGUUGGCAUGGAGAUUGGCCUCUUACGCAUACCUGCCGUUCAGUGUUAUCGUCAUCGAAGCCGUCAAGCGUGCUUGAACGCCCAGGAGCCGUAUUGCGGAUGGAACGAACAUCUCAUGAAGUGCGCGCAGGCACCGAAGCAGAAUUAUCUGGCGAAUCAUUGGCAUCAGGAGGUCACCAAGUGUCCAGUGCUUACCGAUCCUGUUGACGGAGGGUGGAGCGCGUGGAGUCCUUGGUCGCCCUGUCAACACGGCACGGGAGAACAAUCGCCCGGACACGGUCACGCUCACUCGCACUCGCACAGCGAACACGCGGAGAAGAUCGACACGUGUCAGUGUCAGACCAGGGAAUGCAAUAAUCCCCCGCCGCAGCACGGUGGUGAGAGUUGCACGGGUACACGUGUCAGAGUGACAAAUUGCACCGUCCACGGCGGUUGGACCGCUUGGUCGGCUUGGUCGGCGUGCUCUCAGACUUGCGGUUUCGCGAUGAAAACCCGCCGGCGGACCUGCACGAAUCCGGCACCCGCAUUCGGCGGACGCGUUUGCGUCGGGCAUGAUCACGAUGAUAUCAUGUGCAUCGAUCUGCCGCCCUGUCCCGCUCCCGCUAAAGCCACCCCGCCGCCUCAGAAUGGUCAAUGGUCGACCUGGGGUCCUUGGCACGCGUGUUCGCGGCCGUGCAACGGCGGAAUACGCAUCAGAAAGAGAAUCUGCGACAGUCCGUCGCCAAAGAAGGGCGGUGUCGAGUGUCCAGGAUGCGAUAUUCAGUUCGAGGAAUGUAACACUCACGAAUGUGGUGAGACGAGACGAUACUCCGGGUGGACCCCUUGGCUGGCCGUGAACGCUAGUUUACAAAGCGGCAGCACGGUUUAUCUGGAGAAGCGCUUCCGAUUCAGUUGCCGCGCGCAGACGGACGAUCCUUCAAGCGUGCGAGUGCAACUCGCCAAGGAAGAGGAGCGUUCCUGCAGGAACGAUGGAUCUUGUCUCAGAGGGAAGGACGCGUAUGCGGAGUCCAUCAACGAAAGUGGCUGGGGCGAAUGGUCCUCUUGGGGUCUGUGCGAUCGUCCUUGUGGAAAGGGUAUCCAGUUUAGAUCAAGACAGUGCGAAUCGCCACCCUGCGAAGGUGUCGCCACGCAGAGCAGAGUCUGCAAUUCACAUCCAUGUCGCGUGAAUCUCAGCGACGAUACGGCCGAGGGUCAGUGGUCAAGCUGGACAAAGUGGUCCGAAUGUUCAGCGACCUGCGGCGGAGUGCGUACAAGGACGAGAGAAUGCCUCGGCCCGGAGAGUUGCAGUGGCCCGAGGUUGGUGAAGGAGAGCUGCGACAUGCCCAGUUGCGAAUUGCUGGCCGGUUGGGACACGUGGUCGCAUUGGACUCCCUGCGACGGCAAUCAUCAGCAGCACCGAAAGCGAACGUGCCUUCAGCAUGGGCCCGGCAUGUGUCAAGGGCCGACUCGUGAGACACGCGACUGCCUUCCAGAUUGCAUGGAUAAUGACAUAAACGCCUUGCCUUCGAGCGUGGAGGAUUCGGGCAUCACGGUGGGCGCAGUAGUGGGCGGAUGUGUGAUCAGUUUCAUCAUCGGCCUGGCCCUAACCGCGGUGUUGUGCUUCUGCUACUUGAAGCGGCGCAAGCCGAGCAUUCCAGGGAGUCCGCAUUACAUCAGUAAACAGAAUUCUUACGUCAUCGUGCCGUUGAAGGAGGUGAACGCGAAGCGACAGCCCAGUUUUUCGGGCAGCACCAACGGAAACGGUACUCUACGCGGCAAGAACAAUCCCAAUGUCAACGGCCUCGGCAGCCCCAAAUUAUAUCCAAAGAGUCUCGAUUACGAAUCCGCCACCCUGAAGCGUAACAGUCACGGCCAGCAGCACAUCCGUGCCGAUCUCGAUCAGGACAAAUACUACUGAACGAGUUACCCGCGCGGAAUAUCGGCGUCGUUUGGAUAGUGAUUUGUGUUCUGGUCGUUUUAAGCACGUGAUUUUUCAUGUGAUUUAUUUGUACGCAGUGAGUCGCAGGUAAUAACCACAAACGCGAACUCAUUCCACGCAUUUGGCAGCUGCAUGUAAACUCUUCUGAUCGACCGACGUUCGGUCGACGUUAAAGUGGGCAAAUGUGAGGACAGACUUCCUGUUACAGGAAGAUUGUAUUUUACUUAACUAAGCUAAGGCGGCAUCUUCGACGUAAAAACGACAUACGUACGAUCGAGCAAGCAAACGCCUGAUUAUAAGACUAUACGUUUUUAGCAUUAAGUAAGCAAUAUGUACGCGUUCUCUGACGCGUUCGAGAGUUAAUGACGCUGCAAUUAACGACGCAAAUUAGUCGACGAAAUUUUUCAAUAUUAAUGAUUACGUUUCGGAAGGGAUAUGGCGAUAAUCUUUUUUUCAGUCGCUGUGUUUUAAGAUGUAUAUGAGAUACAUACUACUGUAAUAGUGUGGCAUUUUGUGAUGCGUCGUAUGUCGUGCGAUGCGAUAACUCGGAGGAAGAUCCGAGGUGAAAACCGUUGUUUCAAGAAAGUUUAUAAGAGUUUAUUUUUGUUUCUGUGUAUAUAUCCGUGAAAAAAGAGAGACAUAUAAUGCGAAAGGACGAAACCGAGAAUCAAUCCCGCUCACGCUUGGGCAUUCGACUUCGAUUCAUCUGUAUAAAGUUUCACGAUUUCUCAUGGGAAUUUUCAUAUUUUUCAUAUAUUUGUAAGAUUGUAUUCAUGCAACAGGAGAGAAAGAAACCGUAUCUGUUAAACUUACGCUUGGUCCAAGGAUUGAUGGAUUGAUUUAGAUAUACCUAGAUAUAUAUACACAAUUGUACAAAUACAAAAUGUAUUAUGUAGGCUUGCCUGGAGAUAUAUUAGGGAGAUAGUUUUGUCAUUUUUGUUUUUAUUCAGGAGAAAUAUCGAAUUUUAUAUUGAGUAACGUAGUGCCAUGAUACGGAGUUGUGUACAUAAAAAGUGCAUAUUCUUAAAUGCAGUUUUAUGAAUGAAGUGAAUGCGUAUGUUAUGUAAGAGAUGAACACACGUCGCGCGACAAUUGCAUUUAUGUAUAUUGGCUCACAUUGAGUCGCGCCCGCGAAUUACAUUUAUACAUGCGAUCGUUAAAAUAAUUUAUCUUUCGCCUUGUCGGAGCCAAGGAGGGAAUUAAAUUGGAUUGAAACUUGGAAGAAUCUCUCCGGUGUCUUCCAGAAACUUAAGAGUUUAAUCGUGUUAAUUGCUUCCCGCGAGUUGGCGUAAUCCGUCAUGGGAAGAAUGCGAGAUAAUGAUAUGUGAGGUCGCGAAAUUUAUGAUGUAACAACGUUUGAUGUUAUGCCGAGCAUCAGAUAAAUUAUCAUUAUCGAGGUCACAUGUACGUGUACGCGAGUAAUGAAUACUGUACCCGAUGCAUUUAUCCCGCGCACUUGUUUGUAAUAAAGACAUGAUUCUUUUUUUUUUA